AUGACUUCAAAGCACAAGUCAUCGCGUGGAAAGGAGCAACAAAUGGAGCUUCUGCCAUUUACUGCGCUGGGCCAUGUUACAGCUGAGGACUCAUGGGGGGACAGCUGGAUGAAGUCACGUUAUGCCGCUGACGUUGGAUCUUGGAAUUACUUCCUGAAUUCUUGGUCGGAAAGCGAUCACACGUGGAUAGACUCCCGCAUGUCCACAGCAGAGGCAACUGGUUGGCUUCGUGAAUUGUUGGAGCCCCAUGUUGGAGGUGACAGAGCCUCAUCUCUGACAGUGCAUGGAUUGAAGGCUACCUUGUUGAGCUGGGCGGCCAAAAGCACCAUUUUCACAGCGGAUGAGCAAUUGGCAUUGGGGCAUCAUGUCAACGCCCAAUACAGGUCUGCCAUGAUCUACUCACGGGACAACCAGAUUGGCUUGUGCAAGAAGGUUCAUGCAAUGUUUGCGCGUAUCAGGGAUGGCACCUUUGACCCAGAUGCGACCAGGGUCAGUCGUUUGUUCCAGCUGGCUUUUGAGACAGCUCUUGAGAGAGAUGGAGGCAGCAGUGACAGCAGCUCCAGUGAUUCAGAGGAUGCAUCCUCUGUGGCCUCGUCAAAUGGAGAGCACUCAAGCUUGGGUCAGAAGACCACGUACAGACGCUUGGAGGCUGACGACAUUGAAGCUGACCAAUGUUUGAUCAACAAAAGCUCAAAGGUAAUUCACCUGCUGGCCGGAGAGGAGAGACCUUUGAGUUUUCAAUUUUGGUUUUUGCCUGUGCCAAUGGAAUCUGCUUCAACCACUCGUUUCAGGCGACUGUUUUUCGAGGCACAUGCGCUGUCUUUGGAGGACCUCAAAUCCAGGGCAGACAGGCAUGAUGAGGCCUUGCACUCCAAGGUUGACACUUCACUGGCGCUGGACAAUGCAGGUGGCUUACUCAAAGAUCUUCUCCGAUUGGGUUUGGGUCAACAAAGCAUUCGACACCCCCCGCUGGUGCCUGAGUACAAGGAGUUCAUACACCUGAGUGAGGUUUCUGCGCAUCCUGCUCAUAAACUGCUUGCUGCUCCACCACACCAUGGGGAAACCAACACUGAGCAGCAACUGGACCCGGAGGCAGGGCCUGUCAAGAGGCCCAGAACCACCUUCAAGUAUGGCGUUUGGCAUGAACCGGAAGAGUUUUUAAAGAAAGCUCAAGAGGCGAAACACCCAAUUGACCAAGAUUCCUUUCUACAUCAAAUUACAAAGGACGCCAUUGUACAAGUAGUUGGCACUUGCCCUACAAAGCUGGCCAAAGAGCGCUUGUCUACUGUUUUUCAUGUGAAGAAAUUGUCCACGGACCUUAAGCUGCGCGAGCAGGAACUCAAAGCAAGCCUGCACCCAGACGUCAGUCGAUGUGUCAAUAGCAAAAACAUACUGCUAUUUGAGCAGCUUCUACAGCAACAGAAUUACUGGGACAUGGGUGUUGUCGACCUUUUGAAAUUUGGAGUUCCUUUGGUUGGAUUGCAAGAACCGCCGGCUGGAUAUCAGCAGCUGUUGGUGCCGGCAAGCAUGACAGAAGACGAGCUGAUGGCGUCGGCCAAAUGGCGUAGAACCAGCAUAAUGCAAACAGCCAGACCGCUUACCAAUAGCGAGGAAGAUGCAUUGUUGGAGGCAACAGCUUCCGAAGUUGAAAAGGGCUUUUUGCAGGGUCCAUAUUCCGAAGCUGAGAUGUCAGUCCUGAUGGGAACCGAAUGUUGGUCACUGAACCCACGCUUCGUCCUGUUUCAAGGAGCCAGCCAAAAGGUGAGGGUCAUAGACGAUGCAAAGCAGAGCGCAGUUAACUCAGCGUAUUCGUCGACCGUGAAACUCCAGUUGCAAGACGUGGAUUACGCCGCAGCUAUGGUUCUAGGGGCUAUGCGCGAAGCUGGACUUUCAGAUUCUGAAGCUUUGGAAUGGCUUGGCAAAACUUUCGACCUCAGUAAAGCCUAUAAACAACUAGCUGUGCUGCCUGACCAUCAGCUCCAUGCCAUAGUUGGAUUUCCUUCUGGGGGGAAGUGGCAGUUUUACAAAAGUGUUUCAUUGCCCUUCGGCUGCACCGGAAGUGUUUACGGUUUCGUGCGCAUAUCACAAGCCCUUUGGUUUCUGCUGUCGAAACUGCUCAAAGCCAUUACGUCUCACUACUUUGACGACUUCCCGACGGUGGAGCGAUCGGAAGGUUGCAGGGUCCUGUCGUUGGCCUUCAGUGCGCUGCUCGACUUACUUGGUUGGGACCACGCAAAAGAAGGUGACAAAGCUCUCAACUUCUCCGCGACAUUUGACCUGCUUGGGGUAACGUUUGACCUUAGUGGUAUGAGCUUGGGCACCUUGGUUGUAAGGAACAAAACAAGUCGGAUCGAAAAACUGUGUGCGAUGCUUGAUCAGGUGGCAAAGGACAAAAACAUUUCCGCUGCGAAAGCGAGCGAACUCCAGGGGCUCCUCAAUUUUGCAGUCAGCUUCUACUUGGGCCGGAGCAUGAAGCAUUUGGUAUCUGCUUUUAUGCCUUUCGCCGACAAACCCCAGCAUCUCCGUGCUUCUGAUUUGGAAAAUCUCUGCUUGUACACGAAAACAAUGCUUUUGGAACAGCGCCCCCGCGUUCAUUCGGUCUUGAAUGUGGGACGCCCGGUGGUCGUCUUUACAGACGGAGCCUGGGAAGACGGCAUUGCCACUGCAGGGGCAGUCCUGAUUGACGGCGACGUCCGCCUUGCAUUUCAACUUGAGGUGCCGCAAGCUCUUGUAGACCAUUGGUUAGCAAACGCUGGAGAACAGAUAAUAUCGCAGGUGGAGCUAUGGGGCUUAGUUUUGCUCAAAUGGUCGCGCCGUGAGCACCUGCAAAAUCGCAGGGUCAUCGAAUGGAUUGACAACGAGUCGGCAAGGAUUUCAUCCAUAAAGGCCAACAGCCACUCUCCCACCAUGCGAUCAUUGUCUAGGAUGUUAGCUGACUUGGAUCUUCAAUAUCCAGCCUUCUCUUGGACGGAACGCGUAUGCUCUUAUUCGAAUCCAGCAGACUUACCGUCCCGCAACCGCUUGAAAGAAGCCAUGCAGAGGUUUGGCCUGGAUGAUGGCGGUGUUAUCAAAGCUCCUGCUGACUUAGUGAAUGCUCUUAUCCAAUUUCACCGAUCUCCUUACAUGCUGCUCACAACAACGGGGGAGAACCACUGA